AAUAUUAUUGCGAUAAUUAUCAUGACUCGUUUUAUCUUCCUCAUGAACAUAUCAAUAAUUGAAUCCUAUAAUAGAAAUCUAUUUUUAAUUGUUGAGACUAACGUAAUAUAUUCUCGCAUAGCGUAGUGUAGAUAUGAUAGUGUCCAGACUGUAUUAAUAUCAGUUUCCACAUUCUUUUUGAAACGCGAAUCUUCUUAUCGACUUGUGACUAUUGAACUCUUUAUUUCCUUUCCCUUCUACCUGUCUAUAAAACAUUGUGCUCCCGCGAUUCCUGUUCAUUACUUGUUCGACAUUGAGUAUAACUUAACGAAAUAGUCAACAUGUUUAAUUUUUUCCUAUUCAUCCUAUCGUUUCUAUUGGAACUUCCUACGAGGGAAACUGAGCGUCCUCCGGCAAACGGACGAAAUCAGGAAGAAGCUCGCGACUUUGAAUUCUUUGACACCCUUCCGAACCAUCUAAACGGUCACGAAGAGGUUGUUGACUUGCCAGACGAGUGGCUUCAGCUCCCUGCCCCACAAAUGUCCAGGAUUCUCAGCCAUAUUAACAUUGGCGAAGUAAGAGGUCCUGGAUAUUUUUUCUAUCCGGGGAUAGGGGACUACUUCUGGUUCGUCACUACCGGGAUUCGGGUAAGGCCCGCCGUUCCGGUAGCAGAGAUUCAAGAGGGAAGGCGACUGUUCCGUCCGCGAGAUCCUCCUGCCCCAUUGCGGAGACCUCACAACCCUCCUCGGUGAAAGUGGACAAUGUGGACAAUUUUAUUAGUGAUGUUUUGUGUUUUGGAUUUUAUUUCGAAGUUCUUUCAUAUUCAUAUUCAAAAUUCUAAACUUUACAAAAUUUAAAAGUG